AUGGCGUCGGCCUGUGGGCCCUCGGACUUGGCGGACUCCGGAGCGUCCCCGCCUGGCCCGGGAGUCCUAGCGGCGGAGGCUGAGGAGGAGGAACAAGAGGUGGUGCGAGUCCGAGUGGAGAAACGCGAGGGCUCUUUGCCACCUGAGCUGCGCUCUUUUGCUGUUGACCCCCAGAUCACCUCGCUCGACGUGUUGCAGCACAUCCUCCUCCGAGCGUUCGCCUUGAAUGGGAAGAACUUUGGCGUCAGCUACCUGGGCCUGGAUUGGCUGGGGCAGGACGUUUACCUCUCUCUCCUGUCUGACUGGGACCUCAGCACAGCCUUCGCCACUGCCUCCAAACCUUACCUGCAGCUGCGUGUAGACGUUCAGCCCACGGAGGACAGCCUGCUGCUGGAAGACUGGGACAUAAUCAACCCCAAGGAGGUCACUGGCUCGGACGCGCUGCUGCCUGAGAAACGGUCAUCACUGACAACCGCUGCCGUGCCCUUCACACAGUCCGUCCUCGCUCAGGUGGGCCGCACCUUGUCUAGGAUCCAGCAGGUGCUGAGCUGGUCAUGUGGGAAGGAUGUCAAGCCCUUCAGGCCACCCCUGAGCGAUGCUGAGUUCCACACAUACCUGAACCGCGAGGGCCAGCUCUCCUGCCCCGAGGAGCUGCGCCUGCGGAUCUACCAUGGUGGUGUGGAGCCGUCCCUGAGAAAGGUGGUGUGGCAGUACCUGCUGAAUGUGUACCCAGACGGGCUCACCCGCCGCCAGCAGACGGACUACAUGCAACGCAAGGAUCGGGAAUACAGGCAGCUUAAGAGCCAGUGGGCUCAGAGAGCAAGCCCUGAGGACCUGGAAUUCCUCCGCAGCAUGGUCCUCAGGGAUGUGCUGCGCACGGACCGGGCCCACCCCUACUACGCGGGACCUGAGGAUGGCCCACACCUGCGGGCACUGCACGACCUGCUCACCACCUAUGCUGUUACCCACCCACAGGUGUCCUACCGCCAAGGCAUGAGUGACCUUGCCUCGCCCAUCCUUGCCGUCAUGGACCACGAAGGCCAUGCCUUCGUCUGCUUUUGUGCCAUCAUGAAACGCCUGGCCACGAACUUUCAUCCUGAUGGCCGGGCCAUGGCCACCAAGUUCGCCCACCUCAAGCUGCUGCUGCGACACUCUGACCCUGACUUCUACCAGUAUCUGCAAAAAGCUGGUGCCCAUGAUCUCCUCUUCUGUUACCGCUGGCUGCUGCUGGAGCUGAAGCGCGAGUUCGCCUUUGAUGAUGCUCUCCACAUGCUUGAGGUCACCUGGAGUUCGCUGCCUCCAGAUCCUCCUGAACAUGAGGUGGAGCUAGUGGGAUCCCCCAACCUAAUGGCAGACACUGGCUUCAGUGGCCAUCAGGGGCAGAGGCAUGUUUUGAGGCCUGCUGGUGGGAGAGGCAGUGCUUUUGAAGAUGCAGUUGACCACUUGGUCAUAACCAGCCAGGGACCUGAUGGUGGGGGGUGUCUCCUGAGACAAGCCAGUCUGGAUGACCUCCAGCGAUUCAGGGAUAACACCCAGCCCAGGAAGGACUCUCUGAUCCAGCUGCCCCAUUCAGCUGCCCUCAUCAGCUCCAAGUCCCUCUCUGAACCCUUGCUUAACUCCUCAGACCCACGACUCUCCUCUUCUUCCCACCCUGAUUCCCCAUCCUCCUCGUCUCUGCCAUCCUCUUGGGAGGUUUCUCCUGCUGGUGAUGUGGCUGCAGGAUCCCCCUUGAUGCCAGAGGUGGGCUAUUCACAUGACCCUGGGAAAUCCCUGCCACCACCUCAGGAGUUUGGCCAAGGGAACCCAUUCAUGCUCUUCAUCUGCCUCGCCAUCUUGCUAGAGCACCGUGAUCAGAUUAUGAGAAAUGGAUUGGAUUACCAUGAGCUGGCCAUGCACUUUGACCGCCUGGUGGGAAAACACCACCUGGGGCGUGUCCUCCACCGGGCCAAGGCUCUAUUCGCUGAUUACCUGCAGUCAUAG